CAGUUAGCACUCAACAUGGCAGCAGCGAUUGACCAGGACCAGGGUGAGAAGAAGGAGAACCCCAUGAGGGAGCUUCGCAUCCGCAAGCUCUGCCUGAACAUCUGUGUGGGUGAGAGCGGAGACAGACUGACCAGAGCUGCCAAGGUGCUGGAGCAGCUCACCGGGCAGACUCCCGUCUUCUCCAAGGCCCGUUACACUGUGAGAUCCUUCGGUAUCCGUAGAAAUGAAAAGAUUGCUGUCCACUGCACCGUCCGUGGAGCCAAGGCAGAGGAGAUCCUGGAGAAAGGACUCAAGGUGCGUGAGUACGAGUUGAGAAAGAACAACUUCUCUGAUACCGGAAACUUCGGCUUCGGCAUCCAGGAGCACAUCGAUCUGGGCAUCAAAUACGACCCCAGCAUCGGCAUCUACGGACUGGACUUCUACGUGGUUCUGGGCAGACCCGGCUUCAGCAUCGCCGACAAGAAGCGGAAAAGAGGCCGCAUCGGUUUCAGACACCGCAUCCGCAAGGAGGAGGCCAUGCGCUGGUUCCAGCAGAAAUAUGAUGGUAUCAUCCUGCCUGGCAAGUAAAGGACCACCUUUUGAUCUUGUUUAUAACAAAGUAAUAAAAUGGGGAAAAAAAAAAUCUGUUUUUGUCUCGUGUUGUUACUGCUGUGAACACAUCCAC